AUGGCGUCAGACUCUCCCCAAUCCGCCUUCCCGCGCAAGGCUGAGCCGGAACAAAGCACACCGGCCGAUGAUGCCUCCGACCUCAAGCAAGAGCCCACUGAGAUCGAGAACGACUCAAAAUCGAAUUCACCCAAGGGCGAUAACGACGACAACUCGAAACAAGACUCGAGCUCCCCAGAGUCCGGCGAGGCCAGCUCAAUUGGCUCUCCCGCUCCUGCCGACGCUCACGACGAUAAUCCUACUUCUUCCACCGAUGCGCCACCCCUCCCCAACGAGGCGCCGCCCUUACCCGCCGGAGCUCCUCCAGCAACACAAGACGAUGGCUGGGACUUCCAGUGGGAUCCGACAGCUCAGGCAUACUACUUCUACAACCGCAUCACGGGCGCGUCGCAAUGGGACAACCCUCGCGUACCCACCGCCGGCGGCGUAACACCAGCAGCAGCCGUAGCACCAGGAGCACCAGGCACGACCGCCUCCGCGACCGCGACACUCUCAGGCCCUCCUCCCCUCCCGAAGAACGACGCCCCCCCGGCCGGCGGCUACAACCCAGCCAUCCACGGCGACUACGACCCGAACGCGUGGUACGCAAAGGGUAGCGCAGCCGACGACGACGAAACAACUCAGGCGUCUGCCUCUGCGAUCAACGGCGGCGAGUACGGCGCCAUGGCGCAGUUCAAUCGCUUCACCGGCCAGUUCCAGACGCUGGACGACGGCCCCGACCGCCACACAGAUGAGGCCAAGAGCCGGCGACAGAUGAAUGCCUUUUUCGAUGUCGACGCCGCGGCCAACUCGCACAACGGAAGGAGUCUCAAGGCCGAGCGGAGCGGCAAGAAGCCUAGCAAGACUGAGCUCAAGCAGUUCAAGGAGAAGAGGCGGGCGCGGAAGGAGGAGAAGCGGAGAGCUUGGUUGCGGGAUUAA